GCCAGUUGUGCAACAAGCAACACGUGUAUUGGGAGCCCCCAGACUAGCUGAACGUCGUACGCAAAUUUCCCGCUGCUGUAGUGUUCAACAAGGCCGUUGUUCUGAUCCGUUCUGAGAGACUGUCGUUGAAGCACCAUUUUCCCAUCAUGAAGUCGCAAGUUCUGUCCACUCCUUUGACUUCGGUCUUCUCCACAACAAAUUCUCUGUCGUCAGAUCGAAUUGCAUCGCAAGACUACCUUAUCGGCCUUCGCGGCCUUCUGGUCCUGCAGUCUUUUCUCUUCGUCUUUUUCCAAGUCUUCCUCCCAACCGCAGUCCCAGACUCCAAGAACAAAGAUGGGCCACUGUACCAAAUCAUCCUCCGCAAAUCCUUCUCAGUCAUCUUCUGCAACGAAUCUCUGAUCUACUCAUGGAUCAUCUUCCUCUCUGCCCGCACAAUCGCCCUGCCGUACCUGGGCAACACAACACGCGAGGUUUGCGCAUCCAGCGUCUUCCGUCGUAGCAUUCGCUUGUGGCUCCCGACCUUCGUGGCUUUCUCGAUCUCAGUCGCGGCCUUCACUGCUGCUGACACCGCGUACAUCACCGAUUUCCUCACUCAGACGGGUAAUGUCUCCACUCAGACACCCAUGCACAUGCGCAACUUCUUGGUGUACUUCAAUUCGCUGUUCGACAUCUUCUGGAUCAACAAGCAGUACAACACCCAGGCUGCGAGCAGCGCGUUCCCGUCGGGUACGAUGUGGAUUGUGUCUGCACUAUUCCAGCAGAGUUACACGGUGUACAUGACCAUGGUUGUUGUGCCGUAUACACGAGCGUCCUGGCGCACCAAAGCGCUAGCCGUAUUCAUCCUGUCAGCGUUCUGGGUUCAGAGCUGGGCGUGGUACAGUGUAACGGGACUCCUGAUUACUGACGCUGUGCUCAACAUGGAUCUACAAGUCAAGUCGCGGACCGGGAUCAAAAUGGGAAAGUUCAGUGUGCCGAUGUGGCCAUUGUACGCAGCAUUCGUGUUGACGGGGAUUGUUUUGCAGUUCCUGUUCAUCGCCUGGAAGCCGAGUAUGCGCAAUAACGAGCACCAUGGCCACACCAGUCUAUACACAGAGGGCUUGAACAAUGAGAAGCAGGAUCUAGACCAGCCAUUACCUCGCGUCGACAAUUACCUGUUCAUGCUUGGAGUCAUGCUCCUGAUUGAGACCUAUGAUUUACCGCAGAGGGUACUCCGGAAUAGCGUGCUAACGACGCUUGGAAGGAGGAGCUUCAGCGUAUUCCUUGUCCAGCCCAUUAUCAUUUACACCGUUGGGAUCAAGUUGUGGAUGCACAUGGAUCAGUCUGGAGCGGCCAGCACAGUUAGCACGUUGGCGAGCUUUGUUGUUUGUGCGUCUGUGGUCGCGAUCGGGUCGGAAAUCUUCUAUCGUGCCGUGGACCUACCAAGUAUCGCUGCGGCGAAGUCGUUCUGGUCAUUUAUGAUCAACUAAGGUUCCAUGCGAGAGUCUAGACUUUGAGCAAAACUUCGCCGCUCCAGUUCCCAUAUAAUAUAGUACAGCAUCCCUGGUCGGUGCCCAGGCCUUCUGAGUUUUCAAUAAAAGAACAU